AGAACCACCUCCCCUUAACCACCCUUCACCAAUUCCGAUUCAACCUCUUACCUCAUCUCUCUCUCUCUCUCUACAGUCCAUACUCGAAAACCAGUCGCCUGAUUUCUCAUCCUCGCAGGCUGAGUUCCGAUGGGCGAGCAAAAGGACGGCGGCCAGAACGACGGCGACAAGAAGAAGAAGGCAGCGGAGGCCGGCGCCACCGUGGUGCUGAAGAUGGACUUGCAUUGCGACGGAUGCGCCAAGAAAGUCAAGCGAACCGUCAAGCACUUCGACGGCGUUGAAGACGUGAAAAUCGACAGUGUGGCCAACAAGAUAACGGUUACCGGCAAAGUGGACCCCACCAAGCUACGCGAGCGCCUGGAGGAGAAGACCCAGAAGAAGGUCGAGCUCGUCUCUCACUCCGCUUCUCCCUCGCCGCCGUCGCAGCAGCCCAAGGGCGGCGGCGGCAGCGCCGAGAAGAAACCUGAAAGCAAGAAAGCCGACGAGAGUAAAAAGAAGAAGAAGGUUGAAGGCGAGAAGCCCAAAGAGAGCACAGUGGUGCUGAAGAUCGGCUUGCACUGUGCCGGGUGCAUCAAGAAGAUAAAGAAGAUCGUGGCCAAGGUCAAAGGAGUGGAAUCCGUGACCGUAGAGGAAGCCAAAGAUCUAGUCAUACUGAAAGGCACGAUGGAGGUGAAUGGGCUCGCGCCAUACCUGAAAGACAAGCUCAAGCGGAACGUGGAAGUGGCCCCACCCAAGAAGGAAGAAGCUGCGACCGACAAGAAGGACAAGCCCGCCUCCGCUGGCAGUGGAGGCGGAGAGAAGAAGGACGGCGGCAACGGCGGGAAGAAGGAAGAGGGAAAGAAGGGGGAAAGCAAUGUGGUCAACGUGGAGGUGAACAAAAUGCAAUACGGUGGGUAUCCAGAGCCACCGCCGCCGUCGUAUUGGAAUUACCCACCGAUGUAUGGCGCCGGGCCCAGCUACAUCACUCAGCCUUUCCAGAGCCACCACGUGGAUUCAUAUUAUGGAGGAGGGUACCCUAUUCAAGCGCACGCGAUUCCUGUGAACGAUGGUUACGUGAUGGAUCAUCGCGUGCACGCACCACAGAUGUUUAGCGACGAGAAUCCUAAUGGAUGUUCCAUCAUGUGAGCACGACCUAGAAGUGGGGCCGAAUGUUGCAGAAUCAAAAGUUAUGCGGGGCGAAGAUGUAAAUAUCGAUAACAUGUCGCGCGGGGGGAAACGAGAGGAUGAAG